GACAAUGGUCGUUCUUGGUUCUGGAUCCGCUACCUCGACGGAGCUUCUCCUGACUUGGGGACUUCUCUCUCUCCUUCCUCUUCUUCUUCCUCUUCCUUCGUCUUGCGUCGCGUUCCUUUCACUCCACUUCGCUUGGUUGCUCCUCCUCCUCCAGUCCAGGCUUUGUUAAACUUACUGUAAGAGUGUAGGAGGUCUCAUCAUGUUCAAGAAGUCAUCGAGCAGAAAUCAGAGAUCUAAAGGUGUGAAGAUCAAACAAAGUCUUCAGAUUUUACUUUUGCUUGGUAUAUGCUUCUGGUUGAUAUAUCAAGUCAAGUACUCACAUGAUAAGAAGAGAGAACUGAAUGAGAAAGAUGCCAAAACAUCGGUGAAAGAUGAACGUGGUGGUGCUGUGAAAUUUGGGAGAAAGGAUCUUCAUCCUCGGCGGGAUGAAACGGCUACGAUCACAAAUCAUGUGGAAGAUGAAGAGGAAAGCCGAGAGGAGAUUGAUGAAACAGUUACAAUCACGAAUCAUGUAGAAGAUGAAGAGGAAAGCAGGGAGGAGAAUGAUGAAAGUAAGCGCGACGAAGAGCAUGAUGAUGAAGAAACAAGUAAGCACGAGGUAGAACAGGGAGAAGAGGCGAACAAACACGAACAUGAUGAGAGAGAGGAUGCAAAUGAGAGUGUAACAGAGCAAGAAGCUGCAGGGAGACAUGAAGAGGAAGAAGAGCGCGAAGAAGAGGAAAAUAGGAUUGAUGAUCCGGAAGUAGUGAGAGAAGGUGGAGAGGACGAGACUGAUGAGCCUGACGAAGAGAAAGCGCAGGGAGAAGUUGAUCGCGAGGAGGAGUUCAUUGAUGAGGAGAAAGAGAGAGAAGAGGAUAAUGAUGAGAAGGAGACUGAAGGUGAUGACGGGGAGGACAAAGAAGGUCAACCGGAGGAUGAGAAUGUUUUGGAGGAUGAAGAACACGACGAGAGUGAGAGUAGUCAUAGUAGACAAGAGGCACGCGAAGAACAUUACAAAGCUGAUGAUGCUUCCAGUGCAGUUACCCAUGACGCCCAAUCUACAGUGAUAGACACGGAAAAGCUAGGUUCACAUGAUGCCAAUGACAACUCUGGAUCAAGUAAAACAGGUCAGGAAAGCAACUCGACCAUCUCUAACCAAAUUAAUGAAGGUCAGGAUAACUCGAGGUCAAAUACGGAAGAAAAUCAAGUUGCUGAAAAGGCUGCAAAUUCCAGUGAAGUGGUAAGUGGAAUUAAGGAUCCUGAUGUUACCAAGACUGGCCCUGCAAAUAGUUCGCUUCUGAAACCAGCUGUUACUACCAAGGCCAAGGACCAAGAAGAUGCAGGAGUCAAAUCCUCGGAAGUGAAUAUGGGAUCUAGCAAUAACCUGACAAUGACUGGCCAGCCGAUUAAUGGAACCGAGAACAUCUUGGAUUCCCCUCAAGCUCAUAAUCGAACCGGGGUUGAUGCGCAUGCCAGUGAUGGCUCCAACCAGCAAAAUAUUAGAGUGGAGAUGGCCAGAGCCUCUACCGGAAAUUCUUCUGGCGGCGAAUCUGAUUCGACUUCGUCGAUUUCCACUACUGAAACGGGGAAUUCAUCAAAUUUGAAUAAUGAUCAGACAUCAGCAGUGAAGGAUGAGAACAUAAGCUCUGACAUGAAAGGUGAAGCAGAGAACGUGUUGAAACUACCGUCCAUGACAAAAGUGAAAGAUGAUCAUACCCAAAAUGAGGCGUUGGAUCGCCGGAGUGAGGCAGGCAGCAGUAACACUAGCUAAUAUGUCCACUUUCUGAUUAACGAGGAUCGCAAGACUCGUGUGCACUUCGAGGUUGUCCUCACUGAAUCUUUGGAUUUUUUCCGAUUUGCUGGAGACAAGAUAAACGGCUGGACUUAGAUACAGGUGAUAUGCUUCUUGGGCUCUGAAGGGGUGUAUGAAUUUUGGUUUCUUUUUUCUUUGAUGUGCACGCGCAUUAGCGUUCUUCUUCAGUUGUUUUUGCAAUGUGUAUUCCCUCAGAUUCUCUCUGUGCCAAUAACUGCAAAGUCUUACUGGGUUUCUAUAAUGAUCUGGACAUGUUGCCCACGCAUUUUGCGGGCGUUACUGGAUGAACAA